AUGUUGGAAGGCGCGGGCAACGAGAAUCCGCCUUGUUGGCUACGACAGCGUCACGGCAAGGACAUCCAGACCAACUUCCUCUCCACCUACCUGCUCGCCACCCUGCUGCUGCCCAUCCUCCAGGCCAAGAAGCCUUCACCCACCGAGCCCGGCCGCCUGACCAUCGUGUCAUUCAACACGGCCGGCAUAACCUCAUUCGUCGAGUGCAACGCCAACCCGCUGCUAGCCGCCCUUAAGGACAUAAGCAGCAAGUGGAAGUAG